AUGAAUGCCGUCCGCCAUUCAAUGCGCGACUUCGGCUGCCCUGCUCCAUGGCCCCAGCGCCCAUUCCGCAGCAUACGCGUAAAGAACGACGAGAACCUUCCUCCCGAUAGCCAUGUUACCAAGGCGAUCCAUCACCGAAACAAAUCAUCUCCUGCGCUAACGACCUUACCUGGAGAACAUGGACUGAAAGCCGCACCCAAACGAACUGCCUUUGGCGACGUUAGCAAUAUUGCAGCGGGGACAAGACCCAGUAAAGAUGACUCCAGUUUGCACACGAAGGCUAGCUUGCAACCAACAGUCAAACCCGCCCAACUUCUCUACGAAAGAAAAUCCGUGGGCCUUAUUAGACCACAAAGACCUCGUUCUGUUUCCGCCUUGAGAAGCAUCAUCACUGGGGCAAACAACAACGUUGCACCAGAGAACUCCCUCAACCCCACGUCAGAAACAGGGCAAUUCCCAUCGCAGGUUGUCGCCGCUAAGAAGACAUUGAGCAAGCGACAUACAACGGUCUUCAAAGAUUCUCGAUUGGGUGCGGUCCAAGAGAUUGGCAAUUCACUCUUACAUUCAACGGGUGUCAAUGUACAAUCCACAAGACAUUAUGACGUGAAGGAGAGCGAAGCGGUAUCUGGAAAGCUCGAUGGCAACCAUCAACCUUGUCUGCUCCCGCCCCAAUCGCAAAUCUUCGUCGAACCGGUUAAAGAGGUCGAUCACACUCAGACUGAGACCAGCUUGCCAAGCAUCGACGAGGUCAGCCUAGGUGCUCGUUUGUCCAGCGAGUCGAACAACGAGUCUGCCCUGAAGGAGACUGUGACUACCGUCUCAGAAUCCUCCGGUUAUCUUGUCACCCUGCGCCAACAGCUGGGCGAUGUGUCUUCCAACUUCGAAUCAGCGCCCUCGGAGUCGAGUGCUACAGGUGUCGGUAGGCCCGAGACACAACAAAUCGCAGUUUCGAAGCUUGUGAACCCGGUUGAAGCGGUACCUCCUCUGAACCCUCAUCAUACCUACGUCCAACGACAAAUAGAACAGGAAGAGUAUUGGGACGAGGAAGAUGACGACAACUACGGAGAGGAAGAUUACGUGACGGCCAGGUCAUUUCGAUCUAGAGGCGAAAACACUACCGGCGCAGCCACCGCUGUUCUCUUCCCGCAAAUGAACCAGCGCGCCCGGAAGGAGAUUGCCGCUGCGAAACAGUUGGUCGAGGCCACUCGGUCCCCGGAGGAAAUAGAAGAUGAAAGCUAUGACACCAGCAUGGUCGCAGAAUAUGGCGAUGAGAUUUUCGAAUACAUGAAACAACUCGAGUUGAAAAUGCUACCCAACCCGCAUUACAUGGAGAACCAACACGAAAUCCAGUGGUCUAUGCGCUCGGUGUUGAUGGAUUGGCUUGUCCAAGUGCAUCUCCGGUUCAAUUUGCUACCGGAGACAUUGUUCCUCUGCGUCAAUUAUAUCGACCGGUUUCUCUCCUGCAAAGUUGUGUCUCUGGGCAAGUUGCAGUUGGUUGGUGCAACAGCCAUCUUCAUCGCGGCCAAAUAUGAGGAGAUCAACUGCCCCUCUGUGCAGGAGAUUGUGUACAUGGUGGACGGUGGCUACAGCAUGGAUGAGAUACUUAAAGCUGAACGAUUCAUGCUCACCAUGCUCCAAUUCGAGCUCGGCUGGCCUGGCCCGAUGAGCUUUCUGCGCAGAAUCAGCAAGGCAGACGACUACGACCUGGAGACUAGGACUUUGGCCAAGUAUUUCCUCGAGGUCACCUUGAUGGAUGAACGCUUCAUCGGUAGUCCGCCCAGCUUCACAGCUGCAGCUUCACAUUGCCUGGCACGUACCAUGCUGCGAAAAGGAACCUGGACUCCACACCACGUUUGUUAUUCAGGAUACACGUAUUCUCAACUCAGACCCCUGGUCAAUCUCUUACUGGACUGCUGUGAAGAUCCGCGGAAACACCAUAGUGCCGUCUUCAACAAGUACUGCGACAAACGUUACAAGAGAGCAUCCGCUUUCGUUGAGACGGAAAUUCAGAGGGGCUUCCAACUGCCGGAUCAAGCUGCUAUGUUGACUUUACCUCAACCAGCAAUGCCGACGUACUAUGAUGGGGUUUCUUAUUUCCGCGCAUGA